AUGGCUCAGCUGAGCUGCCCGCUUUGUCGCUUUAAGGCGGUCCUGGUGCUCCUGGUGGUCGGCGGCUCGGGCCUGGCCCUCCUCGGCGAGGCUCUGCUUCCCGGCGAGGACAGCCUGCCUCAUCACGGGAACAUCCUGAGCCCCCUGCUGAAGGCCCUGUCAGAGCAGGAGCCGUGGGGAGCGGCGGCGGCUCCGCGGACCAGACCUGACUCCAGAUACGUCCGCUUCAUGAAGAGACUCUACAGGCUGUCGUCCAAGCAGGAGCGCGGCCACCACGAGGCGCCCCAUCUGUACAACACCGCCCGCCUGAUCACUCCGCGACAGGAGUGCCUGGGCCACAGCAGAGAAUUUUUCAUGCAGGACAUUUCCUACAGUCUGGACCGCGUCCGAGCCCAGGAGCACUUGCUCAAGUCGGUGCUGCUCUAUUCCAUCAGCCACAACCAUGCGGCCUCUCUCGCCUCCGUCUGCUAUCUGCACGUGAAGGAGCACGUGCCCUCGGAUGACCGCAUCUGCCUCCACUCUCAAGGCUCCCCUUACUCAGCCACGCCUGUUAGCUUCCACGUUCGCGCGGAGAGAGCCGGCCGGCGCAAGUGGGUGGAGGUGGACGUGACUUCAUUCCUCCAGCCGCGCAUUCGGAGCCACAAGAAGGACAUCCACCUGCUCCUCAACCUCACCUGCCUGGAGGACGGCCUCUCUGAUAGAAGCCCCAUAGAGCUCACGCAAAUGGCACCGUCUCUGCUGCUGUAUCUCAACGACACCAGCGAGGUGGCCUAUCAGAGGGGUUCAGCACACAGCAGGUUUGGUAGCAUCACGUCAAACCAGUGGGAUAUGAAGCCCCUCCGGCACAGUCGCCAAUCCGGUUCUGUGAGGCACAUGUGGAGGGAUAGAAGGAGCCCUCCUAACAGCACUCAGGAACCCAAGCCAAGCACAGAGACCGACCUGCCCAAGUACGAGUACCCCACGGAUGACUGCGACUUGUACGACUUCAGGGUGAGCUUCAGCCAGCUCAAGCUGGACCGCUGGAUCAUAGCCCCCCACAAGUACAACCCCAGGUACUGCAAGGGAAUUUGCCCCAGGGUCGUGGGCUACAUCUACGGUUCGCCUGUGCACACAAUGGUGCAGAACAUUAUUUACGAAAAGCUGGACUCCUCUGUUCCAAGGCCUUCAUGCGUUCCUUCAGAAUACGACCCCUUAAGUGUCCUGACCAUUGAGAACGAUGGCUCUAUCGCCUAUAAGGAGUAUGAGGAGAUGAUCGCUACAAAGUGCACCUGCCGCUAACACUCGAAUCAACCGGUAUGAAUCUUUUCCCAAAACGUGAAGCACUGUAAGUACUACUGUUUGCACCUGCCAUAUGAAUGUAAU